AUGUCACAUUUUACGGUUUGUACAAUCUUUGUGAUAAUUCUUUUCAUUUUGCUGUACGUCGUUCUGAAGACAAGAAAAAUCUCCAGCUUUCCAAAGACUAUUCCCAAUGAAGCCAAAUUUUUGUUUGAAAAAUACAACGAGACGAUUAAAUUUGGGAAAACACACCCAAUGCGACAAAAUCCAACUCUUUAUGGGUGGAAUGUAACUCCACCCGUGUUGACAGGAAUGGAUCAGUUAGCUGAAGAAAAAUACACCCUUAACAAAACUUUUCAACCAGCAGCAAUUAAAUAUUAUAUGAUCCAACUAGUAACAGGUCAAUACAAAGAGUGCCAAGAAAUAUCUACAAUACCAAGAACACUCGGAACAACGUUUGAGGCGAAUGGAGUUAUCACCAAAGUUGUUCUAACCGACUGGAAGUUUAUUCGUGACGAGCAAACAAAGAAGUGGAAAGCAGUGAAAAACAAAGGGACCAUCGGAACGUCUUACCGAGAGAUUCAAACGGAGUUUUCAAAUCAUUUGAAGAACUCAUACUCAACGCGUGUGAAUACUAAUACCAUUUUCAGAAGUGGAUGGAUCGAUUCCAGUGUCAGUGGCCAACAGUUCUUUGAAAUGGUUAAAGCCGCAAUACCAAAUAACACUGGUACCUCCAAAAUACGAGUGUGUUCUAUUUCAUUCUUAAGAACAGUGCCAUGGAGCAAACAAGAGGAUAAACCACUGUUGUAUCAACAUAAAUUCCUUCACCAACUAAACUCCGAGCAAACUGAAUUUGAAUUUCUUCAUUUUAAUAUUCCUUUUGGAGUGAUUGGGCUCUGGGGAAUUUAUUUUGGUGAGGCGGUAUCACAGAACAUGAACAAAGAUGGAAUAGCAACUUUAGAAAAAUGGUUCAGAGAAGACACUGAUAUUAAAAAGGAUGAAACUUUGUUACAAUUUGCACGUCGAAUCUCUGCUAAAGACAACACUCUUAAACACCGUGCUAUUCUGUUAAAUGCAAUUAAAGUGAAUAACGACAAUGUGAAUUUCAAAACAAAAGUCGAACAACUCGGCGCUUUGAGUUGUUAUUUGAUCCUUUCUAAAAUAGCAAUUGCAACAAACUGUAAAAGCGGAACUGAUCGAACGGGGGGUGCGUUUGCGCUCAUUUUGGCUCUGUGUCAAAUUCUUCAAAGUCGUCCCAACGAAUUGGAUUUGUUGGUUGAUGUGGUAAUCAACUUUGAUGAUAUACAGCGCAAUAUUAAAACAACUUUCACAUCAAAAUACAAUAUUUCUAAUGAAAUGAAAUUGGAACACCAAAUCGAGUUGUGGGAUAAAUUCAUCACAGACCUCUCUCAAAUACAACACCCAAAUUACACAGAGAAAUCAUUUUUGUUACUCAUCGAACUCAAAAAUUGUAUGUUUUCUAACUUGAUGAACGUUUCUAUCCCAGUAACCGUGUUCUCGAGUUGUGUUGGUGGACUUAAAUUUGGAAAACAAACUUCCAGAUUCAGAGCUUCUAACUUCGACACGUUAAUGCCUUAUUACUUCAUAUCGGAUGGAAUUGUUUAUUCACAAGACAAUUUCAGGCUUGUUACAACGGCUUCCAGUUAUUUGAGAGGAACAUAA